AUACGUUACAAUUACGUUCUCCUCGAUUCUCCCUCCCUUGGACACUCCGAGACACUCGUAAACACACUUGCGUAUACAGUAAAGCGUAUGGUCUGUUUAUUGUGUAAUACGAUUUUCGUAAUCAAAGUAUAAAGUAAAAACCAGCAUUUCAAUCUUCUCGAUCAUAGUAUCGUACACAAUCUUCUUGAUGUUCUUCUGCAGUUUCUAAUUGUACAUUCACAAAUUCAAAUAAUUUUAAAGAAAUGAGUGUGGUGGAAAUGGCGACGGAGUGCCUGGUGCCGUCGUGGUGGGAGGUGCAUGUCUCGGUGGCAGCCGCGGCCUUCGUGGUGGCGGCAUACUGGUUCUUCACUCUCGCUGGCGAUGGCGAUCGGAUAAGAGUAGAAAGUUCGUGUGGCAAGUCGGAUGUAAUUGAUGACAAAGACAAGAUGAGCCAGUUUAGAGGAGACCAUCUAACUUUUUCUGCAUAUAUGAUUAAGGUGGAACUGUUAGCAGCUAAGAAUCUAAUUGGUGCAAGCUUGAAGCCUCAUACGAACUCUUGA